AUGGGGCAGGGCGAGAGGUUUUCUACAUCAGUUGGGAUUGCUAUCUCCCGGAGGUGGAAUAGCAGCAGUUUAGGGAGGAAUGAGGAGAUAAGCAAACCGGUAGGAACUUCACUGACUGAUACCACUUCAACAGAUAUGGAUACCACACCGCUGAAGCUUUCCAACGAAUUGUAUGCCAUGUUCCGUAUUCACAAUAGACCGUAUACCGUCACUGUUGGUGACACCGUCAUCCUGCCUUUCAAAAUGAAGGAUGCCAACCUUGGAGACACUCUAUGUCUAACAGAUGUUGCAAGGAUUGGUAGCAGAAACUACACGCUGGCUGGCGGACCUAUAGAUCAAUCUUUGUAUACACUCAAAGCCACGGUCAUAGAGAAGACGAAGAGGAAGUUCGAAACAAGAGAAAUCACUAAAAGAAGGCACAGAAGAGUCCGUACGGUUGCCAAGAAGGGAGAUCUUACCUUGUUGCGGAUCAAUGAGCUAACCGUUCAUUGA